AGCUCCUUCAAAACUUCACUCUGCUCUACUCCUUUCCACAAACCCUAGCAUCUUCUCCUCUUCCCCUCAACCCCCAAAAUCACCAAUGGCCACCGCAGCCGCCAUUCCAACCACCACCGUUCAAUCAUUCGAAAAUGACAUGGCCACUGACGGUGGUGCCGUUCCUCUCCCUGCCGUGAUGAAAGCUCCGAUCCGUCCCGACGUUGUCACUUACGUCCACGCCAACAUCUCCAAAAACUCCCGACAACCUUACGCCGUCUCCAAAAAAGCCGGUCACCAAACCUCUGCCGAGUCAUGGGGUACCGGUCGUGCCGUUUCACGUAUCCCACGUGUUUCCGGUGGUGGAACCCAUCGUGCUGGUCAAGCUGCUUUCGGUAACAUGUGUCGUGGCGGUCGUAUGUUCGCUCCGACCAAAAUCUGGCGCCGUUGGCACCGAAAGAUCCCCGUUAACCAAAAGCGUUACGCCGUUGCUUCAGCUAUUGCUGCGUCUGCAGUACCCUCGCUAGUCCUUGCGCGUGGGCAUCGUAUCGAGUCAGUUCCUGAGCUCCCUCUCGUUGUUUCAGAUUCAGUUGAGAGCAUUGAAAAAACUUCUAAUGCUAUCAAAGCUUUAAAACAAAUCGGCGCUUAUCCUGAUGCUGAAAAAGCUAAGGACAGUCACGCUAUUCGCCCCGGCAAGGGUAAAAUGCGUAACCGUAGGUACAUUUCUCGUAAAGGACCACUCAUUGUGUAUGGUACUGAAGGGGCUAAGUUAGUAAAAGCAUUUCGUAACAUUCCUGGUGUUGAAAUUUGCCAUGUGGAACGAUUGAAUUUACUAAAGCUUGCUCCUGGAGGUCAUUUAGGAAGGUUUGUUGUGUGGACUAAAUCGGCCUAUGAGAAAUUGGAUGAGAUUUAUGGUUCGUUUGACAAGCCGUCUGAGAAGAAGAAGGGAUACGUGUUGCCUAGGGCGAAAAUGGCGAAUGCCGAUAUUGCUAGGAUAAUUAAUUCUGAUGAGGUGCAGUCUGUUGUGAGGCCUAUUAAGAAGGAUGUGAAGAGGGCCACAUUGAAGAAGAAUCCAUUGAAGAAUCUGAAUGUGUUGCUGAAGCUUAAUCCGUAUGCGAAAACUGCUAGGAGAAUGUCCCUUUUGGCUGAGGCCCAAAGGGUUAAGGCUAAGAAGGAGAAACUUGACAAGAAGAGACAUCAAGUUACUAAGGAGGAGGCAUCUGCUAUCAGGUCUGCAAGCUCAGCUUGGUACAAGACUAUGAUUUCAGAUUCCGACUACACAGAGUUCGAUGUUUUCACAAAGUGGCUUGGAGUUACGCAGUGAAGGGAUCUUCUUUUGUUUUCAAUACAAGCUUCUGUUCUUUUUACAUUUGUAACUUUGGUGGUUCAAGACAAGAAACAGGUAAGUGGGAGGAAAUUGCAUGUCCAAUUUACCUUAGGUUACUCUGAGAAGCUUCUCAGUGCCCACAGUUGGUGUCAGUUUUCUUUUCAGUUGGAUAAUUUUGCUGAGGCAUGGUAUUAAAUGUUUUAUAGAAUAGCUUGCUAUUGAUGAUAUUUCUACACUGCUUGUCUGAUCAAUCAGUAUGGUUUGUUUGCCUUCUCAUGCUGAUGCUGCAGUUCACUUGAAGAUGAUAAUAAGAUGUUUGUUAGUAUUUGGUUUC